UUAUCGGCCCGCCGCACGUGCGUAAAAGUGCGUUAUCAGAGUUCGCUAGAUUGGCGUCAUUUUUAUUUUCAGUGGCCUGAUACAGUCAGUCGUCCACUGGUGUUUUUGUUUAAUUCCCACGCAGUACAAUUUCUGCUCUAUUAACCUAUUGAAACGUACUUCGGACACCCCCCCCACCCCCAAAAAAGCUCGUUAUAGUUCCUCCUGCUCCUCCAACUUUCGCCGCCUCCCUUCGACGCGCGCGCGCGCGCGAAGACACGUUGCGUUCAAGGACGUGCGCUCCCCACGGUGUCCCACACUCUCCGGCCGCUCCAGGAGCCCGAGCAGCCCCAAACGCGGCUUUGUUCGCCGUUGAGAACCCGCAUCUCCCUCCCCACCACCCCCCACCCCCUCCCCCGUGGAGCUCCCUGCCUCCUCGCCACCUUCACAUCCGGAGGUUGUGCUCUGUGUCCCGGCCGCGUCGCUCCUUCGGAAAGGCAGAAGCGAGGAACAGCGAACGAGCAAGAAGAACAGCAAGGCUCGUUAAAACUGGAUCAUUCUCCACUCACUUCUUAUUCUCAUACAUUUGGACCCGAGGAGCUUCCGACGCUAUGACGAACUUUAUGAGGAAUUUUCUCUGGAUGUUUUUUUUUUGGGGUCCAAACCUGAGAUGCUACGGUGACCUUGGGCUCUCAGUGGAUGCAGAGGUUCUGGCUGACGCUCAGAGUGGCGCUGCUCCGACACUUGAAGGUUACUUCCUUGAGUUCCUGGAGCCAGUCAACAAUAUCACCCACUUCCAGGGCCAGACAGCCACGCUGCACUGCAAGGUGACCGGUCACCCACGACCGACGAUUCGCUGGCUUAAAAAUGACGCCCCCGUUGUCCAGGAGCACGGACGUAUCACUGUCCGCAAAACCGAGGCCGGAUCAAAGCUUCGGAUCACGGACCUUGACACGACAGACACAGGCUAUUAUCAGUGCGUUGCCUCCAACGCAUAUAAAGUGAUCUACGCCACAGGGGUCCUUUAUGUCAAACUAGGACAGAUGCCUACGCAUGGGCCAGAUCAUACGUCACAUGAAAAAGGGUUUUGCCAACCGUACCGUGGCAUUGCCUGCGCUCGCUUCAUUGGCAACCAGAGCAUUUAUGUGGAGUCUCUACAGAUGCAGGGAGAGAGUGAAAAUCGCAUCACUGCUGCCUUCACAAUGAUUGGUACCUCCACUCAUCUGUCAGAUCAGUGCUCCAAAUUUGCCAUCCCCUCCUUCUGCUACUACGUCUUCCCUCUGUGUGACGAGAGCGCCCGGGGUCCUCGGCGACGUCAGCUCUGUCGAGAUGAGUGCGAGGCCCUGGAGAAUGACCUGUGCCAAGCUGAGUACACCAUUGCCCGAUCCAAUCCCAUGAUCCUCAUGCAACUAGAACUUCCCAGCUGUCACCUCCUACCCCGUCCAGGAACACACGAUGCUGCUUCGUGUAUGAGGAUAGGAGUGCCUCCAGAAAAACUAGGACCAUAUUCCCCCACAGACCAGAACUGCUACAAUGGAAGCGGGGCUGACUACAGAGGGACUGUCAGCAUCACUAAAUCCGGUCACUACUGCCAGCCAUGGAGCACUCAGUACCCUCAUAGUCACCAUCUGUCUCAAGACUACCCUGAACUAAGGGGGAGCCACAACUACUGUCGGAACCCAGGAGGCCAGAUGCAGGCUCCCUGGUGCUUCACCUUGGACCCUCGGGUCAGGGUGGACCUGUGUGAUAUUCAACCCUGCAAGCCUCCAGAGAACCUCAGAAAGGAGAUUCUGUUCAUUCUCAUCCCUGCAAUUGCCAUCCCUUUGGUCAUUGCUUGCCUCUUCUUUUUGGUUUGCGUGUGUCGAAAUAAGCAAAAAGCACCGACCGACACGCCUCCUCGCUGCCAGCUCAGCAGCGCACCCAACCAAGACAUGGAGAUGUCUCUCCUAAACCAGCACAAACACCAGGCAAAAUUGAGGGAGAUUAAUAUAUCAGCUGUAAGAUUUAUGGAGGAGCUCGGUGAGGAUCGGUUCGGCAAGGUUUACAAAGGGCACCUUUAUGGCACUGCACCUGGCGAGCAGACCCAUGUGGUGGCCAUCAAGACACUGAAGGACAAGGUGGAUCCCACUCUCAGUGAGGAAUUUCGCCAUGAAGCCAUGCUCCGCUCUCACCUUCAGCAUCAGAAUAUCGUUUGUCUUCUGGGCGCCAUAACCAAAGAGCAGCCACAAAGCAUUAUAUUCACUUAUUCAAGCAUUGGCGAUUUGCACGAGUACCUUGUGAUGCGCUCUCCCAACUCGGAUGUUGGCAGCUCAGAUGACGACAGGACAGUAAAGUCCACAUUGGAACAGGCUGAUUUCCUUCAUAUCAUUACCCAGAUUGCUGCCGGAAUGGAGUACCUUUCUAGCCACCAGGUUGUCCAUAAAGAUCUUGCAGCCCGGAACAUUCUGGUUUUUGACAAGCUAAGCAUCAAGAUCAUGGAUUUUGGCCUCUUCAGAGAUGUCUACUCAGCUGAUUACUACAAUUUGAUGGGAACAAGCCCUUUCCCUAUUAGAUGGAUGUCCCCUGAGGCUCUAAUGUAUGGGAAGUUCUCCACAGACUCUGACAUCUGGUCUUACGGCGUUUUGCUUUGGGAGACCUUCAGUUAUGGUCUACAGCCUUAUUGUGGCUACUCCCACCACGACGUGAUCGAGAUGGUGCGCAGCCACCGGGUAUUGCAGUGUCCUGAUGACUGCCCAGUUUGGAUAUACACCCUUAUGCUGGAGUGUUGGAAUGAAUUCCAAGCAAGACGGCCACGCUUCAAGGACAUCCACACACGUCUGCGCUCCUGGGAAAAUCUGUCCAAUUAUAAUAACUCUGCUCAAACGUCAGGCACCAGCAACACUACCCAGACAAGUUCUCUCAGCACCAGCCCUGUUAGCAAUAUCAGCAUGAACACGGUGAAUGCAUCACGCUACACUAGCCCAAAAAAGACCCCACCCUUCCAUCAACCCCAGUUCAUGCCCAUGAAGAGUCAAAUGCAUCGGCCAAUGGUCCCCCCACAGCUCUACAUUCCCGUCAAUGGCUAUCACCCUAUGCCAGCCUACCAAUACAUGCAGAAUUUUUACCCCAUGCAAAUGCCAAUGCCUAUGCCACACCAGCAAGUCCAACACCCAGCACAGAUGGCUGCAAAAGCUAAUUCUCACCACAGUGGCAGUGGCUCCACAUCAACAGGCUAUGUCACCACGGCUCCUUCCAACAAUUCGAUGGCAGAGCAAGCAGCCUUACUCAGUGAGGACUCCAAGACUAACCACGAGGACUUGGUUGACAGGGCAUCCCAGAUCGAGCUGGAGCAAAAUGAGCGCUUGUCAGUGCCGGAAACAGAAUUACUGGGUGAUAAUGAGCAACAGACUGAUGAGCUGGUGAUCGAAUUGUCAGACACAUAGAUGAGCGUCUGUGUGAAAUAUUCUGUGUUUGCCUUUCAAUGAGCGGCAUGAAGUGAAAGGAGCAAAUUUGCAGUGACAGUGACUGAAUGUUUCAAAAGACUUUCUCAAGUGUGACUCACGUUUGUGCUCCCCCAUCUCACUCUUUAAACCUGCGUGUGCUACCGUGCUUGUGUUCCCAUUCAGAUGUUUUUUCCAAUGUUGCUGUGCAACAUGCACAAUUAUUUACCCUGUAGUACUUUGUCUGUGAAGGUUUUACUUAAGAAGUCACCAUGGCUUUGGUGAACAAACAUUGGCUUCUUCUGCGAGCAAGGAUAGCUAUUUGGCGAAUGUUCAGACAGCGUGCAUAUCCGAAACGAAUCAUCCUCCCAACUAGGAUGCCGGGUCUCUCUUUUACGAGCCGAGAGAAAGACUAGAGAACGCAGUUUGCUUCUGCAUUCCUUUUGUGUCUCCUGAUGAUGAGGAUUUUAUGUUAUGAUGGAUGUUGUUAUCUAGUAGUGGCGCAUGUACUGCACAUCGGCCACAGCCAUAGAACAAAAGAAUGUAUGAUUAAUAGAAAUGUGUAAAAGGAAAAGAGAAACUGUCUUUUAACUCAGUGAUGUAUUUUACAGUUUACAAUAACGAUAAUCAGGCGAGUGGAACCGUUGUUUUUUUUUGUUUGUUUUUUUUUGCCUACUUUUGGCUUAUUGUUAACGUGGCUGAUCAUUGAAACAUACAGCGGCUGAAAUUAGUAUUUAACACGUCACCAUUUUUAAUCUAUUUCCAAAGGUGCUAUUGACAUGACAUUUUCACCGGAUGUUGGAAACAACCCAAGUAAUCCAUACAUAUAAAGAAAGUAGAACAAAUAAGACCAGCAAUUAAUUUGUGUGUAAUAAUGUGAAAGGACACAGGGGAAAAAAGUAUUGAACACAUGAAAAUAGGGAAGUGCAAAAAGGCACGGAAAGCCAAGACAACACCUAAAAUCGAUCAAUAAUCAAACAGAAAUCCAGCCCCUUGCUAGUGCAAAUGAAUAUCAGCUGGUUCAGUCCUAAUAGAUGGCCUACAAAAAGGUUUCAUUGGAGGUGAGACCAUGAUGGUGUGGGGUUGCUUUUCAUCAAAUGGUACUGGUAAACUUCACAUUAUUGAAGGAAGCUUGAAUUAGAAAAUGUACCAAGACAUUCUUGACAAAAAAUCUGCUGCCAUCUACGAGGAUGACGAAAAUGAAACAAGGUUGACAUUUCAGCAGGAUAACGAUCCAAAACAUACUGCCAAGGAAACUCUCAAUUGGUUUCAAACAAAAAAAAUAAAGCUGUUAGAAUGGCCCAGCCAAUCACCCGACUUGAAUCAAAUCAAAAAUCUAUGGAAAGAACUGAAACUCAAGGUCCAUAAAAGAAGCCCACGGAACCCUCAAGAUUUGAAGACUGCUUGUGUGGGACCGAAAUCACACGAGAGCAAUGCAUGUGACUAGUUUCUCCAUACAGGAGGCGUCUUUGAAGCUGUCAUUGUAAACAAAGGCUUUUGUACAAUUAAAUAAAUACCAGUUUGCGUGUUCAAUACUUUUUCCCUGUGUCAAAUUCACAUUAUUACACAUAACUUAAUUUCUGAGCUUAUUUGUUCUACUUUCUUUGUAUGUAUGCAUUACUUGGGUUGUUCCCAACAUCUGGUAAAAUCUUCAGGUCAACAGCACCUUUGGAAAUAUAUUUAGUGAGAAAAAUGGUGACGUGUUCAAUACUUAUUUCUCCCGCUGUAGUUUUCCAUACCACAUUGCACAGAUUUGUAAUUUAUAUUCCUCAGUUUGAACAUUAUUUUUGUUUAUAUUUUCUCUUUAUUGAACGUUGCUAAACCUGGUGUUGAUUAAAUGUCCUCCCUACCAGAUGCAUGAUUUUUAUAAGCUGUUUUUCACUUGACCAUUGUGUACAUUCAACUAUGGAAUGUUCAAUAAAUUCUUCUUAAUUAA